UGUACAGGCUACAGCCUUUUCACAUACCUAGAGUUAUGUUGUCUUACGCAGCAGUUUACUUAACCUAGAUCUUACAUAGUUAGAUCAGUCGUCACUUACAACUGAACCAUUACAGUCCAUCUUUUUGUAAUACUUAUUUAAUAUAUUUUGUGAACUAAACUCCUCACUGACUUUACUGAUUGGAGUCGACGGGUACCUCGCAUCGGCCCCUACAUGUUUAUGGUCCUUCGAACCUAAGUGAUUAGUGAAGUGCAUCUGUGACGGUAGCGAAUCGGUAUUCUCGGCCUUCCACCAGCGGACCUCCCCGAGAGUAUUGAGACAAGGAAAAUCGCACAUACUUGAACGUGUUUGUACCAGCUAAUCUUAACUGACACGAAAACCAAUCGUGUAGACGACCAACCAGCAAAACUAAGUACUUAUCAAGAAAACUAACUACUUAUCAAGAAAACUAACUACUUAUUAAGAAAACUAACUACUUAUCAAGAAAACUAACUACUUAUCAAGAAAACUAACUACUUACCAAGAAAACUAACUUCGACAUUCAACACAAUGAAUACCGAAGCACUGAUCAAGCGUCAAGAGGACUGCUUUGAUAGCAUCAAGAGGAUAUGUGUUAAUUUUGGCAAGGACGCUCCUGAAAGAAAAACACUGGAGUAUCUUAAGAAGAGAAUCGAAGCUCUCGAUACGCACUGGCAACAAUUUGCAGAAACUGACAAGUUACUGAACGCGGGUGAGGAGAAAAACUUAUCUUAUUUUACUAGCAACGUGUUUGUGAAAGCUCAGGAGAAAUAUCUUAGAGCUAAAAGUCAGAUGGUGGCCUUACAAGCGCAGUGGGUAGCUGAACUAAUGAAGACUCAACCACAACCGACUGCUGGAACGUCUAAGGAAGAGAGAGGAGAGUCAGCCGGGACGUUCGGCGUAGUGCAAGACAUAUUUGGAGGGAUAAAUACGGAUUUAACUGACAGGAAGAGCGUCUUGUUACAACAACAACAACGUAAUUUCAAAGCUUUUCAACGUGCCGCUACCAAGGUCAACAUCGACACCAUCGAGGAAAAAUGGGACCUGGAAGAUCGGUUAAAUAUUCUCAAGACUAAAUGGAAUGCUAUUGACAAAAUUCAUUGGGAAUUGGACAACUGGCUCAACGGAUCUAACGAAUUAUAUGAGCAGGAGUAUAACAGGUUAGAGAAUCUCUAUGAAGAAUUACGCAAGGUCAUCAACAAGAAGAUGUGGGCCAACUUACACUACGAGAAGUCUACGCCGAGAGUAGAAAUCCCGGAAUUCUCUGGCGAGUACGCUCAGUGGGUUUCAUUUAAAGAUAUCUUCAUGGAAACGAUUCAUAACAACCCCCUUAUCAGUAAAACACAGAAAAUGCAGCAUUUGAAGACAAAACUUAGGGGUGAAGCUGAGAAACUGGUGCAGCAUUUAACUGUGUCAGCAGAUAAUUACGAGUGCUGUUGGGAAAUUAUUCAAAACCGGUUUGACAAUAAGAGACUGCUAUUUUCAUCAUACAUCAAUACUCUGUUAAACCAACCUAUUGUCCAGCAACCGAAUGCGUAUCAAAUAAAGAGGAUGCAUGAUACGACAUUAGAAGCCUUGAACGCGCUAAAGAACAUUGGAUUGGAUACUUCGACUUGGGACCCGAUAGUGGUUCACCUCUUGUCACAGAAGCUGGAUGCAGCCACUUACAAUGACUACGUGCAAGGCUUACAAAAACCGAGAGAGUUUCCAGUGCUAAAGGAGUUGCUGAACUUUCUAGAAUCCAAAUUCAUGGCCUUAGAAACCGUCAAAACUAAUCACCCAGCGGUGAAAAGUUAUUACAAGAAUAACAAGGUCAAGGCGCCGAGCUUCAAGAACGCGGAAAAAGGCAGCAAAUCAUUCCAUAAAAAUACUAACCUUGUUAAAAAAGAGGAAGAAGAAGUUUUACUUACCACCGUGAAAAUUAUGGUUAAAAAUACUGAUGGGAACUAUAUAGUAUUGCGAGCUUUACUGGAUCAGGGAUCUCAAGUGUCACUGAUCACUGAGAACGCGGCGCAGCGACUCAGACUGGCGAGGCAAAAGGGAAACGCAGUCGUAUCAGGAGUUGGAUCAGCAAUGGGCAGCAGCAAAGGCUUACUGACACUGGAGUGUAAAUCAAUACAUUCAGAUUAUACAUUUAUUACAAAGGUGCUCAUAAUGAACAAACUGAUUAAUAACUUACCCAACACUAAACUAACCACGUCAAACUGGACGCACCUAGACAAUAUUAAACUGGCUGACCCCGAUUACUUCACUCCUGGCCCUAUUGAUCUAUUGCUCGGAGCGGAUAUUUACUCCGAGAUUAUACUGGAGGGAGUGCUGAAGCAGGAUUCAAACUCUCCCGUCGCGCAGCAGACCAAGUUGGGCUGGAUUCUCUGCGGGAACACCAAAACAUUCAAGUGCUUUGUAACCCUCAAUGAGAUAGAGGAGUUAACUAGAUUCUGGGAAUCAGAGGAAAUAACAAAGGACACCGAGCUCACAGAUUCUGAAGCGUACUGUGAAAAGUAUUACGCGGAAACAACUGAACGGCAAGAAGAUGGCAGCUAG